AUGGCAUUUGAGGUGUCGUACAACCUCGAGAAUGAACAGCAGUUCUGGGAUGAACUCGACGACAUUGUAUCGACUCGCUGUCAGGCACACGAGGCCAUCGACAACGCCCUGCGUUCCUAUCUGAAUGUAACCACAAGUUAUAAAUCCGAAUACCUGCAGACCGACUACAGUAUCGCGAAAUGCAUCUUUCGCUUGCUCGAGGGUGAGCUCUUCGCUUCACAUAGGGAAUAUGUGCGUCGGCAGAUAAUAUAUUGCAUUCUGCAGGUGCGUGUGACAUGUCAUGGGCGCGGACAGGAGGGUACACACGAGCAAGGGUUGAUCAGAUCGCAGGAAGAGGACAAUCCGACACUCCACAUUACAGCCGCCUUUUUGCUAUACGACGGAAAGAACAGCAAGGACGAUGAAGUCUUCGAGAUGAUGCACUCGGAAGGCUCCUUUGCCCGGCUCGUCGAACUUGUGCAAAUGGACAGCGUACAGGAGGACGUCCGGCUCCACCAGAUGCUCCUUGAGCUACUGUACGAAUCUUCGCGUAUACAGCGCUUGACCUACGAAGACUUCCUCGCUGUGACCGAUGACUUCAUUCUUUUUCUACUGGGUAUCAUCGAGGGUGCAUCUCAUGAUUCCGAGGAUCCUUACCAUUAUCCAGUAAUUCGUGUUCUGCUGGUCUUGAACGAACAGUACCUUGUCGCUUCUACGAGUCGCUAUGCCGACGGACGCCCUGGCAUAACGAACCGAGUGAUCAAAGCUUUAUCGACUCAUGGCAUGACUUACAAAACAUUUGGCUGCAACUUGAUUCUGCUUCUAAACCGGGAGUCAGAGACGUCCCUUCAACUUCUUAUUCUCAAAGUUCUUUACCUCAUCUUCGGGAGCCCUUCAACCGCCGAGUACUUCUACACGAACGAUCUUCAUGUUCUAGUGGAUGUUAUACUUCGUAACCUUAUCGACUUGCCUCGUGACUCUCCCGCCGCUAAUGCGUUACGGCACACAUACCUAAGGGUGCUUCAUCCCAUCCUUACACACAGUCAAAUCAGCAAACCACCACACUACAAGCGAGAAGAUCUCCUUCGACUUCUACAUGUGCUUGUAUCCAGUGGUAACCACUUCGCGCCAGUCGAUGACACUACCGUACGACUUGUCAAACGUUGCACCAGUGUGCAGUGGUUGCAACCGCCAGCAAGCACUGCAGGUGGCGAUUCCGCCAACGACCACAGUAAUGCACAGUCUCCAGCUGAGCAAUCCGCAAACGGCCAGAAGGAGUUUGCUCGGCGCGCGCUGGGCAUGAGCGUACACGGAGCGGGUGAAAGUACAAACAGCGUCCUUGAGAUUGCCACGCAUACCGAGAAACCAGGUGUGCAGACACCGAGUCUCGGCAAGCCUGCAGCACCCGCACCUCCCCCACCGCGGGGAAGACGUUUGCAAUCAUCUGCUUAG